AUGUCUAUUCACUCAUCGGUUCAAAAUGGGACGAGCGAGAAAGCAAUUGAGACCGUCAGGCCCGAGCCGGCUCUGGAAAGGUCGCAGACCGUCCAUUUGAGCUAUCCGAGGUUUUCGGCACCGCGGCCUCUGCCUACAGCUGCUACUUCGCUACCCAUCGGGGCCUUUUCGACGACAUUGACGACACUUUCGCUGAGUUUGAUGGAGUGGAGAGGAGUCACAACUACGAACGUCUACAUCGCAAACUUCUUCUUCCUCGCUGCUUUUGGGCUCUUCAUCUCGGCCCAGUGGGAGCUUACGGGCGGAAAUGGCUUUGGCUACAGUGUUUUCAGUGCCUUUGGCCUGUUUUACGCGGGAUACGGUGCCAUCCUAACUCCCUCGUUUGGAGUUGCUGCAGCCUACGGUGAUGACACAAAACAGCUCAACAAUGCUCUUGGUCUUUUCAUGAUCAUCUGGUCGGUCUUCGUCUUGGCGUACCUGGUCGCGACUCUCCCAACGAACGUAGUUUACAUCCUCAUCUUCAUUCUCGUCGAGUUGUGUUUCGUACUUGUUGCUGCAAGCUACUUCGCUUUAGCAGACGGCCACGCCACUGCCGCUGUCGGUCUCAAGAAGUCCGGAGGAGUGUUUGCAUUUCUCGCAGGCCUUGUCGGAUGGUACUUGACAUUUCACCUGCUGCUGAAGGAUUCUCUCGUUGAACUACCAUUGGGAGACACGUCGCGGUACUUCCCUAAGACUAGAAAGAAGGUUGAAUAG